ACAACCUUGUCUGUCUUGUUGACACCAAACAGCGAUAAAUCAAUUUAACGUUCGCAAGGACAAUAGAGUAGACUCGCUUUAGGACAAUCAAAAGUUUAACCAGCAUUUUAUUACCAAACGUCGCCGGGAGGAAGAAUAAUUUUUGGAUUUCUAAUCAAGGAAGAAAAGCUAGUUCACGCCGAUCGCGGGUCGAUUGCUCGCUACAAUUUUGAUUUACUAAAUUUAACAAGUUUUGUUGUUUCAGUUAACGUUAGUUCUGUAAAUGUUGUGACAUUUAAAAUAGUAUUUUGCAUAAGUCGUCGUUCGUGUGACGGGUGAACCCGAGCUGUCAACCCCGAUGACUACUGCAAAUUUCACUGGUAAUGAGGAGCUGGACUUCAGGCUGAUCUUCGGAGAGGACGGCCAACAGCAGUCGCUAGGCCCCGCAGAUCUGGAGCCUGACGACAAUACGUCGUUCUACAUCCUCAAUGUGGGCCAGCAGUCCGUGGUCAACAACCAGUCUAUGGGCCAGUCACGCAAUGGCAGCAUGCAGUCUCACUCCCACUCCCAAGUCAUCAGCUCCUCCCCCCAUCAGCGCCUGCAGUCCCACAAGGUGUACGACCCCAACUAUGAGGUCCAGGACAAUGUCAAUAAAAACAAAUCCAGCCCUGCAGGUGGGGGUGGGGGGCCUCCCAAAGCCUUUGAGUGUCCUAGCAUCCAGAUCACGUCUAUCUCCCCCAGCUGUCAGCAGGAGAUGGACGCUAACGAGGACAAUCUUAGAGGUAAUGAUGGGGACUACCACCAUGGGGACCGCCCCCUGUCCAGGGACCACCUGUACCUGCCCUUAGACCACUCAUACCGGGACUCAACUCUCAGCCCGUCCCCCUGCAGCUCCCUGUCCUCCAGGAGCUGGUUCUCAGACGCCUCGUCCUGCGAGUCCUUCUCCCACGUGUACGAUGAUGUGGACUCUGAGCUGAACGAAGCGGCCGCAAGGUUUACCCUGGGGUCUCCCCGCACCUCCCCUGGCUGCUCCCCUCACCCUGGGGUCCUGGAGGAGGGUCUGUGGGCUGGGCAUCAGCACCACCACCCUGUCUUUCACCACUCCCACUCCUCCCACUCCCUGUCCCCCCGAGUCUCCCCCUGCCACUCCCCACGCACCUCCGUCACCGACGAGAACUGGCUGAGCCCCCGGCCUCCGUCCCGCCCCUCCUCACGCCCCACCUCACCCUGCGGGAAGAGACGCCACUCCAGCGCAGACAUCUGCUACCCGGUGGGCUCCGUGUCCCCACACCACUCCCCGAUCCCCACCCCCGAGCCGUCCCCAAGGGGCAGCGUGACAGAGGACACCUGGAUAGGAAGCGCCUCCAUGGGCAUGUUCCAGUGCUGCCCUUCCGAGGCAGACAUCCCCUCCAAGACUAGGAAGACUUCCCAGGACCGGACAUGCUCCAUGGGGGGGAAGGGGGACCUAGGCCUGGACGACUCUGGGAACGGUUCCCCCCUCAUGGACUCUCCCUCGGAAGACACCCUGCACUCCCUGAAGAAGGACGGGCCAGGGGAACAGUUUCUCUCAGUGCCCUCACAUUUCACAUGGAACAAACCCAAACCAGGACACACACCCAUCUUCAGGACCUCCUCCCUGCCCCCCCUGGACUGGCCCCUGCCCCACCUGUUUGGCCAGUACGAGCUGAAGGUUGAGGUGCACCCCAAGGCCCACCACCGAGCACACUACGAGACGGAGGGAAGCAGAGGGGCGAUCAAAGCUGCAUCAGGUGGUCACCCUGUUGUCAAGCUGAUGGGCUACAACGAGAAGCCUGUCAACCUACAGAUGUUCAUCGGCACGGCAGACGACCGCUACCUCAGACCUCACGCCUUCUACCAGGUGCAUCGGAUCACUGGGAAAACGGUGGCCACCGCCAGCCAGGAGAUCAUCAUCUCCAGCACCAAAGUUCUCGAGAUUCCUCUGCUUCCCGAAAACAAUAUGUCUGCCAGCUCCCCUCCCUAUCUCUCUUGCAGUAUUGACUGUGCUGGCAUCCUGAAGCUGCGGAACUCAGACAUUGAGCUGCGGAAGGGGGAGACUGAUAUCGGGCGGAAGAACACGCGUGUGCGAGUGGUGUUUCGUGUUCACAUUCCCCAGCCCAAUGGGAAGGUUCUCUCUCUACAGGCUGCAUCCAUCCCCGUGGAGUGUUCCCAGCGUUCGGCCCAGGAGCUUCCCCAGGUAGAGAAGGCCAGUCUGACCGGCUGUCUGGUCAGCGGGGGAGAGGAGAUGGUCAUCACAGGAUCCAACUUCUUCCCCGAAUCAAAGGUCAUAUUCCUGGAGAAGGGCCCUGAUGGAAGACCCCAGUGGGAAGUGGAGGCGAAAAUCAUCCGUGAGAAAAGUCAAGGAUCGAGCGUCGUAGUGGAGGUCCCUCCCUACCACAGUAAGACUGUGACCUCGGCUGUUCAGGUGCAGUUUUACGUGUGUAACGGCAAACGGAAAAGGAGCCAAUCACAACGCUUCACUUACCUGUCAGUCCUGGUGAAGCAGGAGCACAACAGAGAAGAGAUGGAAGGGCCCCCUGCUGUGCCCCCCAUGCCUGGUAUGUCCAUGCCCCUGGCCCAUGCUGCCAGCCUGGUCCGCAGUACCCACACCCAGCUACCUUCCCCUGAGCAGGGCCACCCACCGGACGGCCUUCUGUCCAGCUCUCCCCGGGGCCUGGCUGCGGGCCCCGGCUCCAGCCUCCAUACUCUGCAGCCUGCCUGCCCCCUCAUGGGCUCCCCCUCCUUCCAGCACCUGCCUCACCUCCAGGGCCGAGGCCUCCACACGCCUGCUGACUGCCACAUGACGUUCCAUCUGGGCCCAGACCCUCCCAACAGGCCCUCCUACCAACACCAUCCUAUGCAGCAGAGUCACACCCACCCCGGCCACCUAAGCAACCUAAAUCCCAACCUGCCCUACAAUGGCCAGCCCAGCCUUUCCAUGAACACUGGGGGUCCGCAGGGCUAUGAGAGGAUGCCUUACCACCAGCAGCAGUCUGACCCUGGGGCCUCCCACCCCCACCCCAUGGGGCUGGGUAUGGUGUACCACUCAUCCCCAUCCACCUCCGCCGAGCAGGCCUCCAGCCCCCACAGCCCCAUCUCCACGGCGCCCCACAGCCAGCCCAUGACCCACUCCUCAUCUCACCUGCUCUCCAUGGGCUACCACUGCCCCCCCAACCCCAGCCAGGUGCCCUCGCCCUCGCCCACCCGACCCAACCACCCCAUGGGCCAGCCCUCACCUACCCACCCCAACCAUCCAAUGCAGCCCUCCCCCCAGCUGCAGAGAGCUAUGGGGGGCUACCACCCCACCAGCCAGAGGUCUGCCUCCUGUCCCACUACCUCCAGUGCCCCUCCAGCCCACAUGGUUGCCUCGCCCCAUUCCGGGCCAUCCUCCCCCCAGCUCCACUCCCUGCCCUACCAGUCGCCCACCUCCCCCUCCCCCACCGGCAGCCCUCUGGGCCCCCCAGCACACAGUCCCCAGGCCAGCAGCCCUGUCAUGUCCAGCCUGUCCCCAGGCUCAUGCAGCAGCAACCCCGUGCAGCAGCACCCCCUUGCCCCCCAGCAGAGCCCCUUCCCUAUGGAGGGGGAGAGUGUGAACAUCAAGCAGGAGCCGGAGGAGAGAGAGCCCACCUUCAGAUCCAUCGGCCUGCAGGACAUCACACUGGACGACGUGAAUGAGAUCAUCGGCAGAGACAUGUCCCAGUCCCCUGGUGGCGGUGCCCAGUCGUAGCACUGUCCGUGGCCAGGCCUCCACACACCCAGCUGGGCAUAGCAGUGUCCUCACCAGCCCCAACACCACCACCUCCACCACAGGACUUUACCUGCCUCUAGGCAGGACAGACUGGGCUGAGAUUCCCCUUUACACUUCAUGGACCUACCAGUCCACAAAAAGACCCUCCAGACACACAUGAACAUACCUUUCAUAUACCCACAUGACAGCAAAAGAGCUCAGAUUCACUCACCUACACAUGUAUACAUCAGAUUAUAAACAGAAGAACACCGCAGGGUGUUGACAAACUGUAGGAUUAUUGGGGUCAGUGAGUGUCAGAAAGAUGAGGAACAUGUUCUCUGUUCAGUAGACUUCGGGUUCAUUUUUAGCAUUUGUACUCAGUCCUGGGCUCAGAUCCCUGGUUUAGAGAGUGAUCACCUCCUAAACGGUUUCUAUGCAGCAAAACUCUCUGCUCAGGGUGUCUGGUUGGAGUAUGUAAUAUACCCUCUCAAGUCACAAUGUUGCCCCUAACAGUGUAGUGCUCAGUGAGGAAAAAUAGGAUCCCUCAGUAGGAAUAAAGAAGUUUGAAUACUGUACUCAUGAUUUUCUCACCAGCAUAGACCUCGACGGUACAAACACCCCGGUUGGUUGAGUGAUGUCACAACAGCACCUCCUGGGAGUGUAGAGGUAGUACUGCAGCCCCACUGCGACCCCCCCCCCCCCCCCCCCCCCCCCAUCACCCUAGUCCUGCUUUGUCUCUGGGUGCCUGGGAGCCCCUUCUCUUCUUCUCUGGUGCUGGACUGGGAUCUGUAAUAUGCAACAUUCCACACUUCUAGUGACCUUCCAGCCAUGUAGAUAUAGUGCCUUCAGAAAGUAUUCACACCCCUUGACUUUUUCCACAUUUUGUUGUGGUACAGCCUGAAUUUCAAAUAUAUUAAAUGUAGACGUUUUUGUCGCUGGCCUACACGCAAUACCCGAUAAUGUCAAAGUGGACUUAUGUUUUCAGAAUUGUUUAUAAAGUCAUAGAAAAUAAAAAGCUGAAAUGUCUUGAGUGAAUAAGUAUUCAACCCCUUUGUUAUGACAAGCCUACAUAAGUUCAGGAGUAAAAAUGAACUUAAC